AUGUCGGGUCAGACGCUGACGGACCGCAUCGCCGCGGCGCAGUACAGCCUGACGGGAUCCGAGGUGUCCCGAGCUGUGUGUAAAGCCACCACACAUGAACAGACACCUCCAAAGAAAAAGCACAUGGAAUACCUGAUCCAGGCCACCCAGGAGACCAAUGUGAACGUCCCCCAGAUGGCCGAUACGCUGAUGGAGAGGGCCGGCAACGCCAGCUGGGUGGUGGUUUUCAAAGCCCUGAUCACCACACACCACCUCAUGGUGCAUGGCAACGAGAGAUUCCUGCAGUUCCUGGCAUCUAGAAACACCUUGUUUAACCUCAGCAACUUCCUGGACAAAACUGGCUCCCACGGCUACGACAUGUCCACGUUUAUCAGACGCUACAGCCGCUAUCUCAACGAAAAGGCCUUCGCCUACAGACAGAUGGCUUUUGAUUUUGGAAGAGUCAAGAAAGGGGCUGAGGGAGUGAUGAGGACCAUGACAGUAGAGAAGCUGUUGAAAGGAAUGCCCACCCUGCAGAGUCAGAUUGACGCACUGCUGGAUUUUGAUGUGCAUGCCAAGGACCUGAACAAUGGAGUGAUAAAUGCCUGCUUUCUCCUACUCUUCAAAGAUCUGAUCAAGUUAUAUGCCUGCUAUAAUGACGGAAUUAUAAACCUGCUAGAAAAAUUUUUCCAGAUGAAGAGAAGCCAGUGUAAAGAUGGGCUGGAGAUCUACAAGAGAUUCCUGACACGAAUGACUCGGGUUUCAGAAUUCUUCAAAAUAGCUGAGCAAGUGGGAAUAGACAAAAAUGACAUACCUGAACUCACUCAGGCCCCAGAAAGUCUUCUGGAGUCCCUGGAGACCCACCUUAACACGCUGGAGGGGAAGAAGCCAGAGGAUAAGUCGCCCACUAAGGAUGCGACAGCCAACAACAGUUCGCAGGCUGCUGCCGCUGCACCGGCUAAACCCGCGCCUCCCGCUGCCGGCGGGCCCCCUGCUCGCCCCGGGCCGCCUGCCAAACCUCCUCCGCCCUCCGUCACCCCCACCGCACCGGCCCCCGCCACCGCUAUUACUACCAGCAAUGCUCUUGAUGACGGCUUCUUGUUGGAUCUAGACCCCAUGUCCUCCUCAUCAGCAGGGGGCGCUGCAGCAGCUUCCUCCACGACUGGAUGGGGAGAUCUCUUGGCUGAGGCAACUCCGGCUGCCGCUGAUGAAGCCUCUGAAGCUCUCCUGCAGGAGGGACAGUCUGCUGAUGCUGAUGCUGCAGCUGCCACUGCCCCUGCUGCCGCCCCUGCAGCUUCCGCGCCCGCAGCCGCUGCUGCGCCGGCGCCCGCCUCGCUGCCCGUAUCAGCUCCCACCACCACCACCUCAGCCACAGACCUCGACCUUUUCGGAGAUGCGUUUGCACCCUCCCCAGGAGACGGUCCUGCCGCCGUGGCCGCGGGCCCUGCUGCUGAUGCGUUUGGUGGAACUGACCCCUUCGCUACGACAGAGGGGAGCGCGGACAUUGCUCCAGAGCUGGACCUGUUUGCAAUGAGGCCCACCGACACGGAGCCCACUGCCAUCACCCCUCCCACCUCUAGUGAGGCGCCGACCAUCGUCGCCCCCAUCGCUGCCCCCGCUGCCCCCACCCCUUCUUCCACCACCACCACUACCACCACAACCACCACCGACACCACCACCACAGAGUCUGCAGCCGCUCCGACUCUAGAUAUCUUUGGUGAUAUGUUUGAUUCUAUGCCUGAGCAAAGCCCUACCACAGAAUCCAAAGCUGCUACCACUCCUAGCGUAGACCUUUUUGGUGCAGACCUUCCUGCUGUUUCUCGCGGGCCCUCUCCUUUGCCCGAGCCGGCUCCGGCUGGAGACAUCGUGACCGACUCAUUUGCAUCUUCAGCUCCUGCUGCUGCUGCUCCCACUGCUGCUCCUGCUGCAGCACCCGUCCCAGAGGCCUCCUCUCCACCCAAAGCAGCAGAGCCGGCACCUGUCAUUGACCUGCUGGACUCCUUCGGCGGUUCUGUGGAGGAGACGCAGAGCUCUGCUCCUGGAGGGCCCGGAGACGACCUGCUGGGCGGCCUGAUGUCCCCCACCCUGGCUCCCACCGCUGCCCCAGCUCUAGCUCCAGCCUUGGCUCCAGCUCUGGUUCAGAGCGACCUCCUGGAGUCGGGCUUUGACGCUCUGGGCUCCCUCACCUCUCCAACACCACCUGUACCUGCUGCAGUGGCAGCAGUACCGAUAGUACCAGCUGCACCAGAGCCUGCAACCACCACGCCGGCGCCCUCUGGUGGCUUUGAUGCAUCCAUGUUUGAUGGAUUAGGUGACUUGCUGAUGCCUGCCGUAACGCCCCAGAGCACCGGGGGCAGCACUGCCGGAAGCACAGCGGGAAGCAUGGGCACUCCCGUCGCAGCAGGAGGCAUUGCAGCCGCUCCCCCUGCCACCCCCCCUGCCACCAAGACCAUCGGAGGAGACCUGGACUCCUCACUGGCCAACCUGAUUGGAGACCUUGGAGUAAAGAAAAAGGACCCACAGAGUGAGAAAAAGCUGACAGGAGGUGCCAACUGGAUGCCACAGGUAGCUCCCACAAGCUGGGGUACACCAGGAGCCCCCAUGGCUGGCGCAGCCCCUGGCGCUCCUGGGGCACCAGGAGCAGCUCCACCAAGUGCAGCCAUGGUGCCACCAAUGAGUGCACAGCCUGGCUUUGGCAUGCCUCCUGCAGGAGGGCCUGGAGCUCCCAUGAUGCAACCUAUGAUGGGGCAGCCUAUGAUGGGGCAGCCCAUGAUGAGACCUCCCUUCACUGGGCUGGCUGGAGCUGCACCCGGAGCUGCUCUUUCUCCAGGACCUGCAAGCCAGAGCCCCAAGAAGCCCAAGGACCCUUUGGCAGAGCUUGACCUCAAGGACUUCUUAUAACGCCCCAGCUGCUUUCUCCUCUGGGGCAGGGCCGUCUCACCUUCUGCCUGGUGUCUGUUAACAUCUCAGGAUGCCAGCAAUGUUCAGCUACUCAACCUUAUAAGAGCCUCUUUUCUCCGCCCCGCCCAUCAACACCCCACCCUUCUCCUGUGUGAUGUCGUAGCACAAACUGUGAAAGUGAACCAUAGCGGAUUAUAUAUAUAUGAGAAAAAAAAAUACAAGCGUGUGCUUAUGUAGAUGUAAUAAUCUUUUGUCUAAACAAAAUCACUCAAAACCCUGACAAAAAAAGUCCACAAAAGUAAGUGAGAGAACGUGAAGGCGUAUGUGUUAAGAUUUAUUUCUAGUGUUGACUUGAAUGAUGGAUGUGCUUUGGUGUCCUAAACUCCACCCACUCAUCCCAUAUGUGUCCCCGCCCCCUUAUGAAGGGGGAGGAGCUCUUCUUUGUCCCUCUCCUAUUGGCUGGGAGUGGUAAACGAAGCCCCGGUAGAUUUUCAGAGAAACAUGUAGUGUGUUGUUUACAGAAAGGUCCUCUUUGAUGUACAUAAAUUUCUCUGGUGAGGAUUACGUCUCUGUUCUGUAUGUCUGUUGAAGAGAAAUAUAAAUGUGAAUCUGACUUGAACUUGUAAGAAGUCGUGAGUAUCCUUCUAUUUCCCGUCAUCUUUUGAAAGUAUUUGGAAACAAAUAUGAAAACCGCUAUAUGAUUAAUACACUGUAUAUUAAGAAACAACUUCUAUGGGCUUCUGAAUCAUUACAGACCAGGAAGUGAUCCUCUUUGGGGUUUUUUUAACUUGUGGAUCAGUUUUCUAUGUUUCUUUUGUUGUCUUUUUGUCUAAUUUUAUUUAUAUGUCCUGUUUCUUUGAGAAAAAUCCUCCAGACUGCUGUGGAUAUUUGCUGGCAUUGCUAUUAAAGAACAUAUCUUACAACUUACUUAGAGAGAAAACGCUUUCGUUAUUCAUCACAGAGGUAAACUUGAACUAUCCCUCAAUAUAACUGUAUAAGUGUCUACAUGCGGUCUUUACGCUGCAGAUAUGUCUGUUGCCUGUGCUUUCAUUAUAACUAUGACCAUGUCAGUAUGGUUAUUUUUGUAUUCAGAGUGAGUUAUUUCAUUGCCACACCAAACUUCAUCAAAUCAACAAAAAUUAAGUCACAUCGAUGACGUUUGAAAUGGAGAUCCAUAUUUGAGCGAAUAGCAUAAAACCAAGAUGAUGCUCCAGCAGGAAGGACGUUGGUGGUUUCCCUCACUUUUCUCUGUGGCAAGAAAAGUCAGAAUCAGGAACAGAUUAAAGGUACCCUGUCAUUUCUAAACAAAGUUCUGUUUACAUUCACUCUUUUUUCUCGCCACAUAAACUUUGUGUAACCUUGAGGCCUAACAAAUGUGCUAAAUGCAUUCGCUUUGCCAUGAAACACUGGAAAAGCUGAUUUAUUCUGAUAACUUUGGAAUCUACAUUGUUUACACACCAAACAGUGGCCCACUCAUCUGAACAAUGCUUCACAGCACUACAGGCAGUCAAAAAACAGGGUACCUUUAAGUUCCAUGUUACUAACCUGUUGUUGAUAAUGUUAGAAUUAGAGCAGUGACGGUCACCUGAAAGUGUUGAGACAAACACUGACGUCUGACAAAUAUUUCACGUUUGAUUGUUGCCUGAACAUAUUCUUUGUUUAAGUUUUUCAUUUGAUUAUUGCUGACCUUUGACACCUUCUCGCUGAACAGUACAUAUUGUAAGUGGCCUCAUGGGAGUGAUGUGUACCCUGUGGAAAUCCACAAGGGGCCACUGACCGUACAGACACGAUCUUGCUCCCCAAAAGCAUCUUAACAUAAAGCUCCUCUGAUCCCGCAGACUUACAAUGGAAUCAGUAUGUUGAUAUGCAUUUGGGCAGCUGUAUGUACCAGAGGUUCAAGUCCUGUGCUGUAAACCAGACUAAUGUAAAGCUUUCUCUGUGUGUUGUCAUUUCAGUGGACUGAAUAAGCAAUUGGUUGUGAGAAUCUGAUGUGAUUCUGUGAAAAUAACGGGAGAUUAUUAACAUUUUUCAUGACUGAAUUAUUAAAAUUGUAUUUUUGUUUAGUUGUAAAUGUAUUUUAUUUUUCGA